CAUCGAGGAACACAUAGGAACCAUAAAGCUUUUGAUCUGUGUUUUAUCUGUGAAAGGCGUAGAAUGUAGGUUUUGCUUAGAUUCGCUAAUGGCUUAGAUUUAGAUAAUAACACUAAGACAUAACUACUUUAAUGAUUUCUUGCUAAGACAUUGAGUUUCUCUUUGGUUCUUGUACUCUUACAAGACAGGUAAAGUAAGUUUCAGACAACUGAAAGAUGGGGCGUGUCCGAACCAAGACAGUGAAGAAAUCAUCUCGUCAGGUCAUCGAGAAGUACUACUCUCGCAUGACACUAGACUUCCACACCAACAAGAAGAUCCUCGAAGAAGUUGCAAUCAUCCCUUCAAAACGUCUCCGCAACAAGAUUGCUGGAUUCUCCACUCAUCUCAUGAAGAGGAUCCAGAAGGGACCAGUGCGUGGUAUCUCACUCAAGCUUCAAGAGGAAGAGCGUGAGCGCCGCAUGGACUUUGUCCCCGAUGAGUCUGCUAUCAAGACCGAUGCGAUCAAGGUCGACAAGGAGACUCUAGAGAUGCUUGCUUCCCUUGGCAUGUCUGAUGUUGCCGGCGUCUCUGUGAUUGAGCCACAGGCUGUGGCACCUGCUUUUAACAGGCCACCAAGAAGGUUCUGAGGAGGUUCUUCUUGUUCAAUCAAGAGAGAUCUUUAGAUUGGCUGUUUUUUUGUUUUAGGGACAAAAGAGUUGCUGUUUCUUGAAAUGUUUAUUGUUUCUUUUGAUUCGAGAUUUAGUGUCCUAAACUGAAAGUUUUACUCUCUUUCUAUCCAUGGUUUUUCAGUUUUGAUGAUCUUUUAGUUUUUGCUCAAAAAAGGAGAUGAUUUUUUAGUCUUAUUAAG